CCAAUGUAAUGCACGUCUGAUUCACGACAUACUAUACUAACAAAAUUCAUAGAGCUCUAAGAGUUAUUUCGCGACACGGCUUGCUGUCGCCUUGUUAAGCCCGUCGCCCCUUUCAUACCAAAGCAUUGCCAAGCGCACAACACCGAACUCGAAGUAUAUGUUAAGGUCAGUCGUAUAACAAUGCGUUAAUGCUGUGCCUAGCUUUACUGAAAUGGCCACACAUGGAUGUUACCAGUGAGGCUCGGCGCUUCCUGGCCAAACCUUUGGGCCUUCAUUUACCUUUUUGGCGAGCUUCGAGGACAUGCUGGGCUGCUUGACUGGAAACAGUCGCACUGACACUCGGCGUGGCUCCAGCGUCUCAACCAUGCGCUGCUGGCAGUUAGUUGAAAACCGACUACCGCUGGUAACGCUAGUCGCUGUGGCAAGUCUGGUGGUUGCCGCUGCCUCCCUCCGAGUCCUGGUGACCGAUCAGGGCGCAGGGCUGAGCCCUGGUGGCAAGGCAGUGUGGGGCCAGCCGAGGACACAGCAGCAGCAGCGGGACCACCACGCGGACUGGCGGCCGGCAGUGCCGUACGGCAUCGCGCACCGGGGCGCCUCCGCCGAGCUGCCGGAGCACACGCGGGAGGCGUACGAGGCGGCGGUGGCGGAGGGCGCCGACUUCAUCGAGUGUGACGUGGUGCUCACCGCCGACCUGGUGCCGCUCUGCCGCCACGAACCCAACCUGGAGGGCUCCACGGACGCAGCCGCCAAGUUCCCCCACCGCCGUACAUCCUACCUCAUUGACGGAGUCAACGUGAGCGGCAUCUUCAGUGUGGACCUGACGGCGGCGGAGGUGGCGACGUUGCGUGCCGUACAGCCCUGGCCCUUCCGGAACCAGUCGUACAACGGGCAGUUUCGAGUGGCCACGUUGGCGGACUUCCUGGAUGUGGCAAAGUCCGCCCCCCGCCCCGUGGGCAUCUACCCGGAGACCAAGCACCCCUCCUGGACUAACUCCCUGCCCGCCCUGCGCGCCGCCGCCACCCGGCUGGAGGACAUCCUGCUGGCGGCCCUGCAUGAGGCGGGUUUCGGAGCGGGCGGGCCGUACGGCAGUGAGGCGUGGCGGCAGCGGCCGGUGUUCGUACAGUCCUUCGAGGCGUCCAGCCUGCGCUACAUGGCGCAGCGCACGUGCGCGCCCAUGGUGCUGCUGCUCGGGGAGUGGGAGGGCUGGUCCGCCCCCGACAGCGGCCUCACACUGGCCCAGCUCACGGAGGACACCUCCCUGGCCCACAUCGCCGGCUGGGCGGCAGCGGUGGGGCCGGACAAGGAGACACUGGUCACCUGGGAGCAGGAACAGGGCAGCGGUGGAGGUUCAGGUGGUGGUGGCGGCAACGGCAGCGGCAGCGGCAGGGGCCGGUACGUGAGCUCGGGGCUGGUGGAGAAGUUCCAUGCGCACGGCUUGCAGGUGCACCCCUACACCUUGCGUCCUGAGCCGCGCUUCUUCCUGCCCCACCUGGCCGACCACUACUACCGGCACCAUCACACCACCAGCCCCCCCACCCCCACCUCAGCCUCCUCCUCACCCCCCUCCGACCCCGGCCCGCCGCCCGUCAAUGCCAACGUGAGUCUGGAGUACCAGCUACUGCUGGCGGAUGUGGUGAUGGCGGAUGCGGUGUUUGCAGACCACAUGCCCUCCUUCGUGAGCUGGAGGCAGCAGCAGCAGCAGCAUGGGCAUGGGAGGCAGCAGCAGAUGGGGUGGGUGCAGGGCACUAAGCAUGCGGGUAGAGUGCGGUGGUGGG